AUGUCUUUUAGGAAUGUUUUCUUGUUGUUUACUGUGAGCUUAGUGUGUUUGGCUGUUGUGUCCGCUUACAAUGAAAGCUAUAGUUACGCUCAUCAUGAUGAAAGUGAUUUGUUGGUGCGAAAAGCGCGUUGGCUGCCUUUGAUUUAUCCACGCAGUCAUCCAGCGAGAUUUAAAUUGAUAGCAGGUUUCGGUAUAGCAGUAGACGAUCUUGAUAUUGAGUCUAUAACCACAGGUUAUGUGUUCAAGGCGCAGUAUUUUUUGCCCAACAGAGCCGAACAUAUACGCACAAAGAAUGUGGUCGAUAUCGAUGAUCGAUCGCUGAAGGAUAAUGCCACCAUAUUUCAGCAAAUGCUACGAAAGACUGACGAGGAACUGGGAGUUGCUUCUAGAGUCGUAGAAGCCUCUACAAAGCCCUGGGAUGGUUAUCGUUGGGCUGUCUAUCAGUGCUUUGAGAAUCUUGCUCUACGCAUGAAACUAAAUGGACGCCAGUGUGUGUUGAAAAGUAUUUGCGAAAGUUCUGCAGCGCCGUUUGAUGAACGCAACGGUUUGCUGGGAGAACUUUUGCACAUACUCCUAACUCCUUCUAGUUCAAAGGAUACGCUCUCAGAGCACACGGAUAACGAUUAUCUGCAGGCUGAACGUUUUGGCCAUGCGGGUGUCAGUUGUGAUACGGUUUAUCCAAAGUGCGAGAAAUCUUUGUUGGAACACUUUACUGAUGUGCAUCAUAUAGGUAGUGAAUUUCUCAAAAUGUUGGGCUAA